AUGUCUCUCUGGGUAGACAAGUACCGCCCGCGCACCCUCGACCAGCUUCAUUAUCACAAGAGUCUUUCUGUUCGGUUAAAUGCUUUAGCCGCCUCCGGAGACUUUCCGCAUAUGCUCCUCUAUGGCCCGUCUGGAGCAGGGAAGAAGACGCGAAUCGCGGCGACGCUGCACGCGCUGUUUGGGCCAGGCGCACAGAAGCUCAAAAUUGAUCAGCGAGUGUUCAUGACGCCGACGAGGCGGAAGUUGGAUGUAAAUAUUGUGCAGAGUAAUUUCCACAUCGAGAUUACACCUAGUGAAGUGGGGAACUAUGAUAGAGUGGUCAUUCAGGAGCUGUUGAAAGAGAUCGCGCAGACGCAGCAGAUCGACGUGAGUGCCCGACAUCCGUUCAAAGUUGUUAUUAUCAAUGAGGCCGAUUCCCUUUCCCGAGAUGCCCAAGCAGCGCUCAGGCGUACGAUGGAGAAGUACAUGUCAAAUAUGCGCAUCAUUCUUUGUGCCAACUCAACAAGCCGCCUUAUUGCUCCCAUCAAGAGUCGGUGUCUUUUGGUUCGGGUUGCUUCGCCGAGUGAGGAAGAGAUGUCGGAAGUCUUGCGAUAUGUGGCCGGUAGGGAACAGUUCGACCUGCCUGACGAUGCCGCGCGUGAGAUUGUUCAGGACGCCAAUGGAAAUAUGCGGAAAGCCUUGCUCGUUUUGGAGGCACUGAAGAUGCAAUCGUGA